AGCCGGUUACCCGGCUCAGGGCGGUUCGCAGCUCGCGCUCCUGCCGGAGAACCUGAAGCCUCUCCGGCUCCGGGGCACAGGACCGUGGGACUGGCUGGCCCGAGCCCUGGGCACGCCGCGGAAGCAGGGCCUGAUGGCGCCAUCCACGGUGGGCCUCCUUGUCAUCUCCCUUCUGCAAGCCGCCCUCACUCUGAACCCUGAGGACCCCAAUGUGUGUAGCCACUGGGAGAGCUAUGCCGUGACUGUGCAGGAGUCUUACGCACACCCCUUUGAUCAGAUCUACUACACACGAUGCGCAGAUAUACUCAACUGGUUCAAGUGCACUCGGCAUCGGAUCAGCUAUAAGACGGCUUACAGACGUGGCCUCCGGACCAUGUACCGGCGGAGGUCCCAGUGCUGCCCUGGCUAUUAUGAGAACGGAGACUUCUGCAUUCCCCUGUGCACUGAGGAGUGUAUGCACGGCCGUUGCGUCUCUCCAGAUACCUGCCAUUGUGAACCUGGAUGGGGUGGCCCUGACUGCUCCAGCGGUUGUGACAGCGAGCACUGGGGUCCCCACUGCAGCAAUCGGUGUCAGUGUCAAAACGGCGCCCUGUGCAACCCUAUCACCGGCGCCUGCGUGUGCGCCCCUGGCUUCCGAGGCUGGCGCUGUGAGGAACUCUGCGCACCGGGUACCCACGGCAAGGGCUGCCAGCUGCCUUGUCAGUGCCACCACGGCGCCAGCUGCGACCCGCGCACUGGCGAGUGCCUCUGCGCACCUGGCUACACCGGUGUCUACUGCGAGGAGCUGUGCCCCCCUGGGAGCCAUGGAGCUCACUGUGAACUACGCUGCCCCUGCCAAAAUGGGGGCACCUGCCACCACAUCACUGGAGAGUGUGCCUGCCCUCCAGGCUGGACGGGAGCAGUGUGUGCCCAGCCCUGCCCACCAGGGACGUUUGGCCAGAACUGUAGUCAGGAUUGUCCUUGCCACCAUGGAGGCCAGUGUGAUCAUGUGACUGGACAAUGCCACUGUACAGCUGGAUACAUGGGGGACAGGUGCCAAGAGGAAUGUCCCUUUGGAACUUUUGGUUUCCGGUGCUCUCAGCGCUGUGACUGCCACAAUGGAGGUCAAUGUUCACCGACCACAGGUGCCUGUGAGUGUGAGCCUGGCUACAAGGGCCCUAGCUGCCAGGAGCGGCUAUGCCCCGAGGGCCUGCAUGGCCCAGGCUGCACCUUGCCCUGUCCCUGUGACACUGAGAACACUAUCAGCUGCCAUCCAGUCACUGGAGCUUGUACCUGCCAACCUGGCUGGUCAGGCCACUUCUGCAACGAAUCCUGCCCUGCCGGCUACUAUGGCAACGGUUGCCAGCUGCCCUGCACCUGCCAGAAUGGCGCUGACUGCCACAGCAUCACUGGGGGCUGCACUUGUGCCCCAGGCUUCAUGGGAGAAGUGUGUGCCAUUCCCUGCGCUGCUGGGACCUAUGGUCCCAACUGCUCAUCUGUAUGCAGCUGUAGCAAUGGUGGCACCUGUUCCCCUGUGGAUGGCUCCUGCACUUGCCAAGAGGGGUGGCAGGGCCCAGACUGCUCCCUGCCAUGUCCCAGUGGGACAUGGGGCCUGAACUGCAAUGAGACUUGUGUCUGUGCCAAUGGGGCAGCCUGCAGCCCUUCUGACGGCUCCUGCGCCUGUACCCCAGGCUGGCUGGGGGACUCCUGUGAACAGCCCUGCCCAGCUGGCACGUUCGGGCUGAACUGUAGCGAGCGUUGUGAUUGCAGCCAUGCCGAUGGCUGUGACCCUGUCACAGGCCACUGUUGCUGCCUAGCAGGAUGGACAGGCAUCCGCUGUGACAGCACGUGCCCCCCAGGUCGCUGGGGCCCCAACUGCUCAGUGCCCUGCAGCUGUGAGAACGGAGGCUCCUGCUCCCCAGAGGAUGGGAGAUGCGAGUGUGCCCCUGGCUUCCGAGGACCCUUAUGUCAGAGAAUCUGCCCACCAGGGUUCUACGGCUAUGGCUGCACCCAGUCUUGUCCUCUCUGCGUGCACAGCAACGGGCCCUGCCACCAUGUCAGUGGCAUCUGUGAGUGCCUGCCAGGAUUCUCUGGAGCCUUGUGCAACCAAGUGUGUGCUGGAGGACACUUUGGGCAGGAUUGUGCCCAGCUCUGUUCCUGUGCCAACAACGGGACCUGCAGCCCCAUCGAUGGCUCCUGUCAGUGCUUCCCUGGGUGGAUCGGCAAGGACUGCUCACAGGCCUGCCCAUCUGGGUUCUGGGGCUCUGCCUGCUUCCAUACAUGCAGCUGCCACAACGGGGCGAGCUGCAGCGCCGAGGAUGGGGCCUGCCACUGCACCCCUGGCUGGACUGGACUCUUCUGCACGCAGCGUUGCCCUGCAGCAUUUUUUGGGAAGGAUUGUGGGCACAUAUGCCAGUGUCAGAAUGGAGCCAGCUGUGACCACAUCACUGGGAAAUGCACCUGUCGAACAGGCUUCACCGGGCGCCACUGUGAACAGAGAUGUGCCCCCGGAACCUUUGGAUAUGGGUGUCAGCAGCUAUGUGAGUGCAUGAACAAUGCCACUUGUGACCAUGUCACUGGUACCUGUUACUGCAGCCCCGGAUUCAAAGGAAUCAGGUGUGACCAAGCUGCCCUCAUGAUGGAUGAACUGAAUCCCUACACCAAGAUCAGUCCAGCUUUGGGAGCAGAGCGGCACUCAGUGGGUGCUGUCACGGGCAUCAUCCUCCUGUUGUUCCUGGUUGUGGUGUUGCUGGGCCUGUUUGCCUGGCGACGGAGGCGGCAGAAAGAAAAAGGCCGUGACUUGGCUCCUCGUGUCUCCUACACCCCAGCCAUGAGGAUGACCAGCACAGACUACUCUCUCUCAGAUUUGUCUCAAAGUAGCAGCCAUGCCCAGUGCUUUUCCAAUGCCAGCUACCACACACUGGCGUGCGGGGGGCCUACCACCAGCCAGGCCAGCACUCUGGACAGGAACAGCCCCACCAAGCUCAGUAACAAGUCCCUUGACAGAGACACAACAGGCUGGACCCCCUACAGCUAUGUGAACGUGUUAGACUCCCAUUUCCAGAUCAGUGCCCUGGAGGCCAGGUACCCGCCCGAGGACUUCUACAUUGAACUUAGACACCUCAGCCGCCACAAUGAGCCACACUCACCAGGCACUUGUGGAAUGGAUAGACGUCAGAACACAUACAUUAUGGACAAAGGCUUCAAAGAUUACAUGAAAGAAUCUGCGUGCAGUUCUAGUACUUGUUCCUUGAACAGCAGUGAAAACCCUUAUGCUACAAUUAAGGAUCCACCCAUCCUCACCUGCAAGCUUCCAGAAAGCAGCUAUGUAGAAAUGAAGUCACCUGUGCACAUGGGGUCUCCGUACACAGAUGUGCCAUCCUUGUCGACAUCUAAUAAAAAUAUAUAUGAAGUUGGUAGGUGUCUCACAUAAGUAACUUAGCAAAACCAGGGCAACAGUGCAGCAUCCCAAGUGAAAACUAACUCUCCUCCACUCACUCUCUCCACAACACACCCUUCUGUUUGGCUGCAUUUGAAGGAACCCAAGGAGAAACUCCAUCCCAGAACUUCCCUCUCCUCUAAUGCAGGAAAACAAAAUCUUUUGCCACUCUGCUUACAAAUUACAACUGAUAAGCAGUAGAAAUAGCAAGGUUGGGGAACCAGUAUACAACACUUCCACUGAUUGUUGGUGCAAAUCCAAGUUUGAAAAAGAAAACCAUUAGAACUGCUGUUUACAAGUUUCCAAAUCAGUUCCUUACACCUCCCCUAUUCAACUGUGAUCCUAGAGGUACUCAUAAGACCCACACCUCUAGGAUGUCCUAAAUCUCUUGUUGUACAGAGGCAGGGAUUCUGACCCUUGGGUUUUCUAUCUCUAGAGAAAGCCGGUCGUAAUCAUCAUGCAUUUAUCAGAUUUAUACAUCCAUAGUUCCUCUCCCCAACAAGUUAAAUAGAACUUUCAAAUCUCCCACCAAGGCAACAAAGCUAAUCUGUUCUCUGAACUCAUUUUUCACUAUAUUCCUUAGAGCCCACAGUCAGUGUGGUCCAAGAAGGCCGAGGUCAUAACUCCAGCUAUAUCCAGAAUCCAUACGACCUACCUAGGAACAGCCAUAUUCCUGGUCAUUAUGACCUCCUCCCAGUAAGACAGAGCCCUGCCAAUGGGCCCUCCCAGGACAAGCAGUAAGAGGGAUAAACUUCUCUCUUAAGUGUGCUCUGCUGACUAUUCUCUGACUCUGAAAGAAGAAAUUCCGUGACUUGAAAUAUCAGUACAGAUUGAUCUGGAUUGAAAGAAGCACUUCCAAAUGGGAUUGGGGUAACUGUUCAAGGAGUCUGUUCACAAAGGCAAAUCAUAUCACCUUCAGCCCUAAGUGCCCUGGAUAUGAUUUUUAAAACAUUUAAGAUAUCGCUACUCAUCAACAUCAGCUAAAUUCAGAUAAAAGAUAUGUAUUUAAUAUUCUGAAACAACGCUUACAAUGCAUGUGGCUUAGGUUUUGCAAACUUUCAUAGGAGAAGGGGACUGGGGAAUGGAGAGGGGCACUUUAGAGUACCUGAAACGUGUAUGUGCUAUUGAUUAUUGUUACCAUCUGCUUCAGUAUCGAAGGGAACUGGUGCGUGGAUAUGAACUGUUCUAAUAUUAAUAGUAAAAUCUGUGUACAUACAGGUAUGGUCCAUCAAAGUAUAACAGCCAUAAUCAGAGUUUAAAAUAUAGCAUACUUCUGACAACUUGCAUUUUCAAAACUAAGAAUUUAAUAAAGACAGAGUCACUUUCUUCUGUCCCAUCAGUGAUAGGAGGCAAAACAGAAAGGGGAGAAAAAGAGUAAUUAUUUCAAAAGCGCAGCAGUUUCAUUCAGUCUAGAAUGGUUUCUAUGCCUGAUUUACCAAAUCUUGUCAAGAAUAAUGAAGGCCAGUCCUAGCCUGGCUGCACUGCAUUAAUACGCCUAACACUGAGUCAUUCUGUGUGUACCAGAGAACUAAGCUGCUACUUUAAGAUAGUAGUCACAGGGCUGAGAAUGCAGCCCUGAGGAAGAACACUUGGUGGUGAGUGGGGCCCUGGGGUAGAUCACCAGCAUCAUAGAAAAGGUGUAGGCUGGUAAGAAUUAAGUUUCCCUAGAAACCUUCCAAAUGGCCUAUUCAAUUUACUUAGUUGGAGUCCAUUGACUUGUUUUCAAGCAGUUCUUCAUAGAUAGCACUUGAUGUAGCAUGGACCCUAAAAAUGUACAAGAAAUUAUACAAAUAUGGGCAUGGCAAGCUUAAGUAGCUUAACAUACAUUAUGCUUUUUGAUGGAACUAAAUGAAAUAUAUGUAAAAAAAAAAAGAUUUUAAAAGCCCAUCACCUACUGAAAUGGGCAAACACGUAUUCCAUUAGUUGGUGCUUUAAACCUUUAUUCAGAUAAGUCAUAACUUCCUCUGCACGGUGUGAUAGCAGGUAAACCGAAGCAUGGACAAUUCUGGAUGUGGCUAAUUCCUAUAGGAAAAGGGCAAACUGGAAGUUAAUGGCCACCCUUGUGCCGCCCAAGCUCUUCAUGAGGAAUAAGGGUCUAACCAGUGAAAAUUACCUAAACAGGGUUCACAGAAAGAAAACUGCAAAGCUGGAUACUGAUACAGAAAGUGGGGUUGAUACUAACUAGAAGUCAGCUUGGAACCCCUUAGUUUGGGUAAGAAUCAGCAAAAGCAAGAAAAUAUAUAAGCAAAUCUCCCUCCUCACUUCACUCAAGGCAUAAGCCAAUCUUAGCAAUAGAGGAACAUAAACAUGAAUGCUGCAUGUGUGCAUGGAAGCGAGAGAUCAGCAAUAGCAAACUUUCCAAAAAGCCUUAUUAAAAUAGGAACACUAGAAAAUUACUUUGUAGACCUAAGUUAAUAUUUCUCAUAUAUAUGUAUAAAGAAAUAGAGUUAAGAGACUCACCUCAGUAUUUCAGGGCCACAAGUGCUCAAUUAUCUUUGGGAAGCAAGGAUCAAGAAGCAUGGCAAAAUCCAAUCAGCAAGGAGAAAUGGCAUCUCAAUCCCAGGCUUUAUCUUCUUCCCUUAUCCUGCAUGUACAAUAACUGCUACCUGGAAAACUGCAAUCAUGCAAAUUCCAAGUCUCACUCCUCUCUUACCAACUACCCUCUGCACAAAAGUAUUCAUCAAGAGGUGAGAUGACUGGAGCACCAAGUCAAGAGAUGCUGGCACCACUCUUGUUAAGUCACUUGCCCUCUUUGGGCUCUUUUAUUUCCCACACAUGAAAGAAGAGACACGUUAGUGGGAGGAGAGCUCUAACAACUCUCCAACUGUAGUACUCUACAACAUUUCAAGCAACAUCACUCAAAACAGGCAAUACAGAGGAGGAGGGAAAGGGCAGAGAUGUGAUUGACUAUGGCGACAAGAGCAGCUUUCACAUAGCUAAGAGUUAGCACUAGGACAUUUCGAUCAUACAGAGCUACUGUUAGGAAUUUCUGUCUAACAAUCACAAGUAAGUCUGCAGUCAGCCUAUACACGUGCACUGCACAUUCUAUCAAUGACUGGAAAGAUCUGCUCAAUUAUAUUUCAAAAUGAAAACUUCAAUCCAGUAAAUUAAUAUGUAUACAAGUCAGAAAAAUAAAGAACAAAGUUACUGUACAAUAGUGUGAGAGACUAUGAAAUGGCAAUACUUUUUUAAACCACAGAUUUGUAAUAUAUUUGUUCACUGUGCAGAGGGACUGUACCUCAAACAAAAUAAAAUGGAUUUCUCAAACUAACAAGAAUGCCUAUUGUUUUACACACUGAAAAUCUACAUUUUAUGUUUAAGACAGAAUUAACCUACAUUUGGUAUAGUUACUUUAAACAGCUGGAAGAAUGAAAAUUAUCACAAUAGAUGCUUGAAAAACUAAGCGAAAGGUUAUUUUUUUAAGUAACAAAUGGGACUACUUAACUCAUGUUAAGUAUUUUAAAAUCCUACUCACACCAGUAUUGGAUUUCUGUUUUCCCAAGGACAUGUACUCAAAGGCAACUGUUACAGCUUGUUAUGCUCCAGUGGCAAAAGGGCAAGUGCCAGGCCUACCUAAUUUAUGUAAAUCCAAUGAAUAGCUUUUGAUUAUUAGAAUUUAGCGUGUGCACCUGCUUUGGGACAUUUUAAACAAAAAAAUCUUCUGAUAUAGCUGGGUUUAAAUAUAUAUUAAAAGUGUUUAAAUAUAUAUCAAAUAUAUAUUUAAAGAAAAGCUGUAGGACAGUCAUGAUGAUUCAUGACUAUAAUCCCAGCACUUAGGAGGCUGAAGCAGGAGGACUGUCAAGAAGAUUAACAGGCCAGCCUCUCAAAAUAUGCAAAUAAAGGCCAGGCAUGGUGCUGUACUGCUGUAAUCCCAGUAUUCAGAAGGCUAAGGCAGUAAAGUUUCAAGUUGAAGCAGCUUGGGCUACACAGUGAGUUCAAGAGUAGCCUAGGCUAGAAGAUUCUAUCUCAAAAGCAAACAGCAGCAGGAUUUUUUUUUCUUAAAUAACACAUUUAACUGAGCAAAGAGAUCAGUGAUGGAGCAUUUGCCUAGCAUGCAUGAAGGUCUAGGUUCCAGUCCCAUCAUCAUAAAAGCUUAAAAGAAAAUACAGAUGCCAAAAAGUAGCUUACUGGGCUGGCAAUAUGAUGACCUGAGUUCAAUGCCUAGGACCCCUAAGGUACAAGUUGUCCUCUGACCUCCACAUGCUACUGUGGAUGUGAGAAUACACACACACUUACACACAUGCAUACACACCAAACAAAUAAAUACACAUAAAUUUAAAAAAUAAAUUCUGGAAUGAGUUCAUUAAGUUUAAAUUUGCUCCUCAAGCUAAGUCAAUUCAAAAUAUUACAACUUGUUAGUUCACAAGGCUUAUGUGGUACUUAAAAGUUAUUUUAGGCUAGGUAUGGUAACAUACUCCCACAAUCCUAGCCCUUCAGGCGGUUGAGCUAGAAGGGCUGGAAUUCAAAGCCAGUCUAAUCAAGUUAGUGAAACUUGUAAAAGUAAAGCAAAUGUGUCAAAGUAAAGCUAAUAGCUGGGGAUGUUAGCUCUGCCGAAGAACGCUUGCCUAAAAUGUGUGAAAUCCCAAGUUCAGUCACCAAUACCACCACCACACCACACACAAAGUUAUUUCAAUUCAGUAUAAUGUUUAACCAAAAAUAAUAUAUCUGCCACUCAGAAAUAAGGGACCAUUAACAGGUAAUUCUCCAGGGCUAACUUAACACAUUUAGUGAACAAAGGGUAAAGUUAUACUCUGAGAGUCUUCGGAUAGAGGAUGAGUGCCCUGAGCACUCAUACAGUCUAUUAGUCACUCACCUACUUAGAGGGAAGACACAGUGCAUCUGAUCAGUGCGGCAACAGGGGAUGGAAAAGCUCUGUAAGGAAGGGUGGAUCAAUGGAUGGCUACAUGGAGCUCAUUAUAUUUGUACUUUGUAAAUUUUAAAAAUUGUAAGUAUUUAUAGAAUUAUACAACAAUCCUGUGCUAUUUUAAACAGAAUAGUUAACUGUCAGAUUAUAGCUGCCCAACCUAUACCAAAAGGACCCCUACACUCCUCCUUCCUUGCCAUCCCACAUUGUUCUGAAGAAACAGAUAUUUGAAAUAAAAACAUGAACAAAACCAAUUUCCUGCCUGUGGAUCUUACAAUGUGAUUACAAAAGGGUAGAGAUAAAGGGAGGCCCUGGGGUGCUAAUUACACAGUUUCUUCCUUGACUUACAGAGCACCGAACAGGGGUCCAGUUGUCAGAUUCCCUCUUCAUUCUAGCAUCUGCUGCCAAAACAACUGUCUACCCUAGAGCCUUGGGUAACAAGUAGGAAACCAGAGAUCUUACGUAGCACUGUUAUUUAUGCAUCCACUUUAAGGCAAAAAAUAAAACUCAUAUAGGAAACAAGUUUCUGGGGCUGGCAAGGAGCUUUCUGCUGAGGACGACAGCCUGAUCCCUAGGAUCCACAUGGUGGAAGGAGAAAAUCAACUCAUUCAGAUUGUUCUCUGACCUCCAAACAUGUACUGCAGCAUGCCCUGUCCCACCCUAAUAAGUGUAAUAAAAAAACUUAAAUGAAAUAGUGUUGUUUCUUAAACUUUUCCAUGUAGGGCAGGUGUAGGUGUGCACAUGUGUGUGUUUUUAACAUUCUUGGACCUCAGUGAUGAAAAGUUUUGGCAUAGAGACCAGUACAAUGGGGGGGGCAAACCCUUAAAGACAUGAAAAACCACACCACUUACUUGGAGACAUAUGAAAAUAAUCUGCAGAGAUACUAGAGGUUGUCUCAGUAGGGAAUGAAAGCUAAAAGCAGGAUUAUCUCCUUGGUGGGAUGGGGGUGAAAGGAUCUGAGAGUUUAUGGUUUGAGAAAAGGUUAAGUUCUGCUAACUCAAAAAUACAACGGGAAUGUCUCUGGCUACUAAUACUGACUGAAACACAAUAUUUUGUGUUCACAUCUGUUAACUACCAAUCCCAUGUCCAAUAAAUGGUAAGACAAUGAAUUACAAUAAAAUAAAUUUAACAAUUAGAUCAUAUCAACAGCCCUAGAAUGUCAUUUAAUCAUGCAUGCAUUACCCAUACACCGAAGGGCUUUUUUAUUUGUUUUAUUGAGGUGCACACAGGAUCUUGAGCUCCUAAUCCUCCUGCUCCCAAGUGCUAUGUGUCAUCAUGCCCAGCUUAGUCACUAGUACUCUGUAGAGCUAUGAAAGAUAAGAGUUUUUUUUGGGGGGGCGGGGUGAGAAAGGGUUUCUCUGUACCAUUGGAGCCUGCCCUGGAACUAACUCUUGUAGACCAGGCUGGCCUCGAACUCACAAAGAUCCUCCUGCUUUGCCUGCCGAGUGCUGGGAUUAAAGCCAUGCGCCACCACUGAUUGGCUAAGAUAUGAGUUCUUAAAAAGUAUGUAAGAUGUUUUGAAAAGUUCUCUCCCAGAAUGCAAGCUAGGUACAGUGGCACAUACCUGUAAUCCCAAAACUGCAGAGGUGGAGACAGGAGUAUCAGGAAUUCAAGACCAACCUCAGCUACGUGAGAUCUUGCUUGUCUCAAUGAAACAAAAAGCCAGUUGAUUUUUUUUAAAGAAUAAAAACCAUAAAACAAAGAGUUCUCAACUUAUAAAUGACUCAGCAGCUAAUCAAAUGCUUCUCCCUUCCUUCACACAUAGUAUCUUGACACACAUUGAUAAAACUGACAUUUUUCAAAUAUCCUAAAAACUUUUACUUAAUGAGAAUUAACAUGGUGAUAGAUGAUUUUAGUCAAGAUAUUAAGACCAAAACCAUUUUUUCAAAGUACUUACCUGAUAUUUUACUUAUCUUUUAAAUUUAAGAUUUCAGUUUGAUUUUAAUACCUACACACAACCCAGAAAUGAUCUACUUCAGUCACAUCAUUACUUCAAAGAAUCUGAACUAACAACAGAUGAAAUAGACAAGAACUAUGACUAUAAUCUGUCUUUUCCAAGCAGCUGACUGCCGUGCUAGACCCAUUAGUUCAAUCUUCUAACUUAUGUAUAAUGCAGCAAAUUUUUUAAUACUUGCCUGGAAUACAACAUCCUUGCAAACAUUCUAUUCUCCAAU